AUGCGUGCGUCAUUCUCGCAAGUGGAAAAUAUUUAUGAUCUAUCUGUCACACCCGAUGAGGAAAAACCACUUCGGCCUAUUCAUAAUCGAUCUCAGAAAGUAUUUGAUUUAAAUGAUGCUCGUAACUUAAAAAAUGAUAUCGAUCAAUCGUUUAAAAAUACGAUUGGGAAACUUACUAUUUUUGAAAAACACGAUGAAACUGCUGAGUCGAUUCAAUUGUUUGCACGUCGACUUGAACCUGAACGACCAGUUACACCUCCGGAUGAUGAAGUAACGAUCAAUUCGGUACCACGUAAUGUUGAUCAAUUAUUAGCUUUAAUUCGACGUCGUCUCAAUACUCAACAAGUAGAAGUUGAAACUACUCGUUUAACUUCUGAUGAUAUAGCACAAUUAGCUACGGUUGUGCUCACACAAAUGCGUUCAAAAUGGAUGGAUAUCGAAGAAAUGCGUGUUCAACAUCCUCUGAUAUCACCAAAACGAAAUCAUGAAUUAAUUCGUCGACUUUUUGUUAAUAUUGUUCUAAUCUGCACAAAUAUUUUUGAACAUACAAUGGAAGAAGCACAAGUAUUUCAUGAUCGAUAUGUUUUUUCUCAUGCAGCCAAUAUGACUCGAUUGCGAACAUUACUUGCCGAUCGAAUCAAUACUUUAAUUAAUAUUCAUUCUCUACGUGAACAUCUUGCUUUUGAAAUGGUCGAAGAAGAACGAGUAAAAAGAGGUUUAAUAUUUGAAGAAACUAUUUUAAAAAAUGUUCGAAAACGCUUGACUAAAACUACUGUUUUAUCACAACAUCGUCCUGAUAUUCGUGAUCUGAUUGAAUAUGCUGGUAAAAGUUAUAAAUAUGAAAUUCGAGAUUCAAAAUAUGCCACAAGACAAAUACUACAUCAACUCGUGACAAAUAUGCCUGAUCUAAAUCGUUUUCGUCGUCUACCAACUGUUCUACCACCAAUGAUGAAUAGAGAAAUCGAUUCACCAAUACCUCCAAAAAAGCGUCAAACUUCAACGAAAGCAAUCAAGCAAAAAUCAUCUGUAAAAACAUUUAAAACAACAUCAGAAAGAGAAAAACAUGAAACCAUUAACAUUCCAAAACGAGUCAAUUAUGGAUCAUUACCGGAUAUUCAUGAAAAUUUUCUAUCUGAAGAACUUGAUUUUAAUUUUAAUAAUAUUAAAAAACCAAAAUAUAAAACAACAGAUAUUAUACGUGAACAAUAUUUUAUUGAUGAAGAAAAAAAGAGAAACGAAUUAGCAUCAGCUAAACCAAUAUCAAAUCGAGAUGAUCUAGUACAAUUAACCAAACCGCCACCAGAUGAAGAGGUAGACCAAUCUGAUGAAAUACCUCCGCUGAUUAAAGUUCUGACAUCAUCACAUGAUUCAAAACAGCGUAUUAAUGAAUGUAAAACAACAGUUUUAGCUAUUGCAAAACGACGGAAAGAUUAUCUUGAUGAAUUGAAAGAGAAUGUUCGAGAUGAACCAUUAUGUUCUCAACCAGCAUCCAUUGAGAAAACAUUCAAAAAUGUCACAUUCCGUAUAUCUGAUAUAACGCUGGCAAAUUUUUAUUUUCAAUCAUCUUUUCUUCUAACAAGUUUCCCACCUAUAUUUAAUAAUUAUUUUGGUGAUCUUGAUGAUGAUACUGUUGCAUAUCUGGAUAGAAAUUUACACAUUGGAUCACAAAUAAAAGAAGUUUAUGAACAAUUAUUGAGCACUAUUGAUAUGAAUCAUUGUUUCCGAUUGGAUACUGAUAAAUAUGUUGUCAAAUGUCCUGAUAGUCUCGAUCUAUUGGCUGCUCAAGCAUCAUCUACUUUAACAAAACCAUAUCCCGAACAAAUAUAUAAUCGAUCUUUAUCAAAAAAACAUGAACCACCUUGGGCAGAUUAUAGUGGUGAUCGUCAGCGUUGGGUUCUAACACCAGAUCCUCGUCGAUUAGAAGAAGAAGCCGAAGCAAAAAAGAAACGAAAUCUUAAAAGUCGAAGCAAAGGUCUAAGUGAACCAACAGUUAAUUUGAGUUUAGUACCUGAUCCUGCUUCGAUUGCUGCAUAUAAACCACGUGAUGCGCGUCAAGCACGUGAAUUUCAAACUUGGAAAGAUUACUGGUCACAAGUAUAUACAGAGGAUGAUUAUUUAAAAUAUUUAAGUACACAAUCAACCGAUUAUCUACAUCAUAUAUUUCACUUACAUGACAGACUACCCGAAGAUAAUCGUUUAACUGAAGAAAAUCAAGUAUUACUUGAUGAACGCAAUCGAGCAUUAAGAGAACGUGAAGCUAAAAUUGCCGAAUUGCAAGAACGAAAAAAUAAAUUUGAAAAUGGCGUUUGGAAUGCUGAAAGUAUUUUUCUGGGUGGACUUGGCCAUGAGCCAGUUCUAAAUCCAGAAGAUGAUCCAAUUGUACAAUUUGAACAAGAGUUAGAAAGACGAAAGCCUAAAGCUAAACGUAUCGAUUUAUUCGAUUCUGUAGCUCAUGAAAGAGCUUUAUCAAGCAAACAAUUUUUAUCGAGUAUUCUAAAUAAUGUUAAACAUGAUAAUGUACAAAAACGAUUAGAACAAAUUUGGAAAUUACUAAAAAUGACUGAUCACGACCGUUUGCAUAUGGCGGUUAAAUAUAGUACUAUUGAAUAUGCGAAAAAAAUCGAGGCGGCACUUGAUGCUUGGGAAUCAAUUGCACAAUUAAUUGUUCGACGAGAGAAUUUUAUUGAUGAUUUAGAAAAUUUUGAGCGCACUGCUUCGGAUGCGAAUCGAUUUUUUGAAUCAGGUCCUAUGGGUAGUUCUAAAAUGCGUUUAAGUGAAUCUCGUCGUCGAACAUAUUUAUAUAACCAAUUAUCUAUACUUGAAAAACAGAUAACUGAACACUUGAAAACAAUAAAAACGAAUUUUGGCGACACAGUUACAUACAAUGGUCGUAAUUAUCUAGAUAAAAUGCAAUUCGAUAAAUUAGAAAUGUUACAUUAUUUACAAGAAGAACGUCGUUUGAAUUAUCUACAUGCUUACGCAUCGAGUGAACAACAUACUAAACUUGAUCUCACUUUUAAUAAUAUUUUAUGA